GUUUAAAGUGGACGUCAGUGCCUGACCACGGUCUGCCUUGCCUUGUAUGCUUGCCUCAUCGUGUUUCAGAGGAAGAGGAGUGUUUGUGGGAAGCGCUUCUCCUAAGCGCAUGUUGCGACACAUCCAGGAACAUUUUAACUCUCUCGCAAAGACUCCCGACCAACGCUCAGCGCUGCGCUCUUCUGGAAACUGUGGCGGUGGGUUAUUUUUCAACAUAUACAACACGGGACACCUACUUUUUUAUAUAUAUAUAAUGGAGUUAAUCUGAAACACUGGAAACAAUUUUUCCAAAUCCAACUGUUCCCAUUUUCGACUUUCACUUUUGUGCGCACUUUCAAAAUUAGGCCUAUGGCUUCUCUCCAGCUGCUUUUUCUCUUUGGAUUCUUUGCGAGCGUCAAAUCUGGUCUUGAACUCAGCUGUACCUACGACUAUGAAAAAGAGAUGUUUUGCCAGCUGGCGGCCGAACAGUGCUCUCAAUACACCCUAGACGUCACGGCUGCAUAUGAUCAACACAGAAACAGCUGCUCUAUGUGGCAGUGUGGCCAUGAACAAUGUUGCUGCUCACUGAAUAUUGAAUUUGGACCUGGGGAUUCUUGCACUGUAGAAGCCUUUAAUGGAAGCGAAAAAGUGGAUUCCAAGUGGAUUGAUAAUACCCUGGAAAUAAUAAAGCCCAAAGCUCCAACUAUUGUCUCGGUGGAAAAAAAGGAGAGAAACUUUGUUGUCAAAUGGAGGACAAACAUGAAUCCCAUACUUGAUCCACUGAUUUUUAAAUUGACUGUCUCUAAAAAAGAAGACAAAGAAAUAGUUUUUUCUAAAGAGGUCAACGCAGCUAAAGACAAUAAUCUGCAGAGGUAUGAAAUAAAUGGGAAAGAAUUGGAACCAAAUACGGCAUAUGUUGUCCGAGUGCAGAGCAAAACAAAUUUGAGUGGUAUCUUCAGCAACACAAGUAACGAGAUGGAGUUUGAAACCCCUGCUUCCUUUCAAACGUUGUACCUUGGAAUUAUUAUUGCCCUCAGUGUACUUGGCAUCAUUUUGUUUGUCUCUGCUUACACCUGCUUUGUAAGGAUUAAAAGGAAAUGGUGGGAUAGUUUUUCAGACCCAAAAAAACUUCUUAUGCCAGCCAUGAUGCCACAGGUUCUAAAACCUUCACCUAUCACCCCCUCAAAUAUCUGGAUUGAUACGCCAAAACCAAACGACGACGAUCAGACGCUAAAAAUGCUCCAGAACCAGAGAGAAGACGUCAGUAUGGAUUCUAACAGCUGUGGAAUCAGCCCAGGCUCUUCAGAUCCUUGUUAUGGUCAGGCUGAACCUCCUGAUCCCAAGGCUAUCAUUAAUUAUGCUCUGUGGAAAGCUUUAAACGGCUGCCUGCCAAAGAACCUUGGCUCGCCUUUCCCAAAUUUGGAGCUUCCUGUUUCCCAGGAUCAAAACAUGCCAAAUAUAGUUUCAAGAGAAACAAGUGCUGCCUCAUCAGGAAUUGUCAAUCGGAGCUAUUUUAUGUCUCUUCCCAGCCCCUCAAAUCAGACUGUGGACGACGGCUCUGGAGUCAAUUUCCCGGACGACUCCAGGUAUUCGUGUAAAAGUGACACUGUGAACAAUCCUGACCAUCAGGCACUUGCUUUUUUACUUCUGGCACAGAAAGAUACUUCACCUGCUGGGCGAGUAGACCAAUCAUAUCAGCCAUGCAAAGUAGAUUCUAGUAGAUCUAUAUAUGACAGCUCCAGAGCCGAAUUUCUAGUUGACCCUGGGUAUUCAAUUAAAAGCAACACUGUUUGCAGUCCUGACCAACAGGUACGUGCUUGUCCCCUUCCUGCUCUGAAAGAUAUCUGUUCUCCUGCGCGAGUAGUGCUGUCAUAUCAGCAAUGCAAUCCUGAUCCUAAGAGAUCUUCUUCUACAGAGGCCAACAGUGCAUCCUCCAGCAGUACCACCACAGGGUGUGGGUUUGAAUUCAGAUUUGAGAGAAGUGAUGAAGGGUCCAUCAACUCUGAAUUUAACAGUGAGAUGUUUGUGCCUUCAGGGUCAGAUUGCAGCAUUAAAAUUGCGGAUGGCUACAAGCCAUUUUCAAACAAGGUGGAAGAGUCCGAUGUGAUCAUUUCAAACAAGGUGGAAGAGUCAGAUGUGAUCAUUUCAAACAAGAUGGAAGAGUCUGUGUUCAUUUCAAACAUGGUGGAAGAGUCUGAUGUGAUCAUUUCAGAAAAGCAAAGCAGUGAUCCUCUAUGCGAGAACAAGAAUCUAAAUGAGGGAGUCUACAACAUCCCUCAAACCAGCUUGAUCCCAGGUUUGAAUCAGUGGUUUGGUCCCAGUGGGUUUCCACAGACCCCACAGAAACUACAUUUACCCAUGAUGCCUAAUCACUCAUCUGCCCCAGUACUGAUUGAUAGUGGAUAUAAAUGCGUGUAGUUCACCAACUCUCUGGUUUUCAGGGAAUAUACUUUAGGGUGUGGAAGCUGCAGCAAAGCUGUCAGUUUGUAGUGCUGCUCCAUCUAAUGGUUAGAGCAGGAAAUACUAGUAAUGUUUUGUUUUUUUUUGUUUUUUUUAACCGCAUAUCCGAUAUUUUUUCCUUUGUUAAAUUGUAUCAUCAGGGAUUUCAUUCCUUGACAUCAAUGGACCUCGGAGGAGAUUCAAAUAAGAAAAAAUUUGGAAACUGCAAUAGAUAUUUUUUUUAUUUACUACUGUGUUCAUAUUUUUUAAAAGAGGCUUUAUUUGUACAAAAUGUAAAUGUUUUUGUUUUUGCCUAUACAUGUGAGUGUACAGGUCUGCCUUAUAGUAUUUCUGUAAAAAAAAUAAAUAAAUAAAUGCGUGAGGAAAGCAGAGGAAUGUCAUGUUUCUGCUAGAUGACAUGUUCUAUCUUCAUUUUGUUCACCAAAUAAACUUCAUGUGUUUAGCAUUGUACCAAUGCUUGAAUCUAUCAUUACUGAGUCCUUUAAAAAAGAAAAACACAACUUAAAUAGAUUUAUGUGACAAAAACAUGCUGUUGUAACAUAAAACCUGGUCUGUUUAGUGUUUGGAAAUUACUUCCUCAUUGCUCUUCUCUGGAGCUAGGGUUCGUUUCUAGAGAAGUGUGCGUCACAGUCAUCCAGUAUGUUUGCUUUCACAAAUAGCGAGGCAAAGAUCUGCAACGAUAAGGGAUUACAGACUACUGGCCAAAUGAAGCCAAGAUUCUCGUUGUGAUGCAGCAAAUCCUUUAAAUAAUAAAGAUUUUAAAUCAGUUAAAAAUGUAUUUUGAAAAUGAUUCAUUUAUUUCAUGUGCACUGGCUUGGUAAUAAAUGUUUCUAUUAACAAGGAAGAUUUCUGAUUGUGUGUUAAGUUCUUAAAUACGAACGCUUUUGAAAAAAUGCUAAUAAAUCUA